ACCAGCUCGAUAAAGAUCACUUCUCCUUGCUCAUCUCUUACCAUCAAGCAAACAAAACUAAAGAUCAAGUUCUGUCGUUGUUGAUAAUGUCUACGGCUGGUCACUUUAUUCGAUGCCUAGCUGCUGUGGCAUGGGAAGCCGGAAAGCCACUGGUGAUGGAGGAAGUAGAGGUUGCUCCACCGCAGAAACAUGAAGUUCGUAUCAAGGUUCACUUCACUUCUCUCUGUCACACCGAUGUUUGCUUCUGGGAAGCAAAGGGACAAACGCCGUUGUUUCCACGUAUCUUCGGUCAUGAAGCUGGAGGGGUUGUGGAGAGUGUUGGAGAAGGAGUGACUGAUCUUCAAUCAGGAGAUCACGUUUUGACCAUCUUCACCGGCGAAUGUGGCAAUUGCCGUCACUGCCACUCUGAGGAAUCCAACAUGUGUGAUCUCCUCAGGAUCAACACCGAGCGAGGCGGCAUGAUUCACGACGGUGAAUCAAGAUUCUCCAGCAAUGGCAAACCCAUUCACCACUUCCUCGGAACCUCCACGUUCAGUGAGUUCACUGUGGUACACUCCGGUCAGGUGGCUAAGAUCAACCCUGAAGCUCCUCUUGACAAAGUAUGCAUCGUUAGUUGCGGUUUAUCCACUGGGCUAGGAGCAACUUUGAACGUGGCUAAACCAAAAAGAGGUCAAAGUGUUGCGAUUUUCGGUCUUGGUGCUGUUGGUUUAGCCGCAGCAGAAGGUGCUAGAAUCUCUGGUGCUGGUAGGAUCAUUGGUGUUGAUCUCAACCCCAAUAGAUUCGAGGAAGCUAAGAAAUUCGGUGUGACCGAUUUUGUGAACCCUAGAGAGCAUGACAAGCCAGUUCAGCAAGUUAUCAUUGAGAUGACAGAUGGUGGAGUGGACCGGAGUGUGGAGUGUACAGGAAGCGUUCAAGUCAUGAUUCAAGCAUUUGAAUGCGUUCAUGAGGGUUGGGGUGUUGCGGUGCUGGUUGGUGUACCAAGACAAGACGAUGCCUUCAGGACUCAUCCCAUGAAUUUUCUGAACGAGAGGACACUCAAGGGUUCUUUCUUUGGUAACUACAAACCUAAAACCGACAUUCCCGGGGUCGUUGAGAAGUACAUGAACAAGGAGCUGGAUCUUGACAAGUUCAUCACUCACGCGGUGCCAUUCUCGAAGAUCAACGAGGCCUUUGAUUACAUGUCCAAGGGAGAGUGUAUCCGUUGCGUCAUCGACAUGGGUGCUUGAAUGCUUUCAAAUAUCAAUGAUGUCUACUUUGUGUUUUAGUUUCCUUUAUGCGCACUCACAGCAAUAAUAGAAAAGAUAUAGCAGAUAUAUUAUGCUCUGUUUUUAUACUCUGUUUUUAAGUUGGUUGUUUUGUGUCUUAUCUAUUACCUUACCGUUGUAAUAACAGAUUAAUUAUAGUGACU